CGCUGAGCUACAUCUACACUGCCCUGUCAAACCAGUAGAAUUGCCUGAUAUCCGUGAAUUCACUGCCAUGAGUUUAUUAUUCAUCAAACAGUGAUUACUAUGACAGUGUGUCAAAGAAGAAGAUUCCCAAACAGGAUUGGAUGAGGGAGAAGCUGCCAGCAGACUACUGGGGGAAAGGCACUCAGUCACGCUAGAGCAAGGAGCAGUUCAAAGUUAAUGUCGAUAUCCUGGUGGAGAGCAUGAGGCACAACAACACUGGUGAUGGACCGCACCUGCAUUUGUAUCACUACAUAGUCUACUGUUGAUAUUUUACUAAAACUCCAAGAUAAUUGAUCAACUUCUAAGUACAAUGCAAAGACUGGAUUUGACCAUACCAUAGAUUGGGUCUGCUGGAUUGUUGGGAUACCCCCAUGGGUUAGGGUGCUAACUUCCUGAUCUGGUAACUCUUCCGAGAGGUCGCCAGUAAAAUAAGGGAGUAUGAACUACAUUUUGAAAUGGUUUCAACAGUAACAGUAUGUUGUUAUGCUCUUUGACAUUUGUCGUAGAGAUAAGGUUAUUAAGAAAAUUGGGAAUGUAAUAAUUUGUCAUAUAGUCAAUGCUUGUCUGGAUUUCCUGAAUCAGAAACUAAUUGAACUAAACUUUUGUUCUGAUCUGUCCUCUCUUGAGGUUAUCAUGGAAGGUGAUGUCAGAUUGUGUCUUAAUGCAUGGUAGGAAUAAUUUGACCACAAACAGUGUGUGUGAACCUCAAAACCCUCCCUAACCGGCUGAAGAAAGAGCGACAAAGGCGUUCAAUGCGAUAGUAACAACACUCCUAUCUGAGUCCGAGCCAUUAACCUGGGUACGGGCGGAAGGACUGUGCCAUGAGUCCUGAGACCGCGCAUGUGGAGUGAGCAUGGAGAGAUAACAUUCAAACUGGUGGGAGAAAUGGACCAGACAGAAUGGUGGUAGCGGCUCAGGUGAGAGACUCUUGUAUGUGGGAGAAACGGAUGACUUUAUAUUGAAAUCGGGGCAUUACCAAUGGCCAUCAAAUGUGACAGGCAAGAGUUACAAAUGUGCCGUUGGGAAGGAGGAAGUGCCAGGAGGAGGGGAGGGGGGGGGUGUAUUAAGGAAGGUCUACACACUGCGAACGAUUUAGACUAAGAGUGCAUUCAGAUACCAAUAUUUCAUUACCAUGCAAAUCGAAACAGGAAAACAGGGACAAAGGGGGGGUUGUAAUGAGAAGUGUUAUUACCGGCAAUAAAAGGUCCCGUUUAUACAUUCUACAUGCUAACCGUGAUGAUGUGUGCUAGUUUGAGAAGCUCGAAUUAGAGCCAUUGACAGUCUUUAGUGCUUUACUUUGAGUCUUUCUAAAUUUGGGUUGGAUAAUUAAAAAAAUGUUUUUAGCUAGGAUUCGGCUACAGUGAGAGAGUUGCUCUCAAACUGUGAGGGGUGGGUGCACUGCCCAAAUGUAUUAGGCCUAGGGAGGCUGUAAAAACCUUAUCUUUAAGUGUCCUCCAAUAGGAAGGUUGCUAGAGAACACUAGAUGAUUGCUUGGGUCAACUAUUUAUUUAAUUCCAUUUUUUUUUAACCAUGUCAUCAGAAUUUUUAUGUUAAAUCGCAUCAAUACAUAUAGAUUGCUCGAUGAUACGGUACAAUUAAUUGCAUACAAAGCUCAUAGUCUGUGUCUUGCGUUAACACCCAAGGAUGAAAAUGAAGGAGACGGGCAUGGAGACCAGCAUGACAUGGGCAUAACACGUAAAGGACUGGCGGUUCUGUCCCCAGUUGUAGUAGCAUCAAGGGUGGUGUGAAAUGAUUAAACAUGUAUUUUCUCUCUUCCCUGUUUAAGUCAAUAUGUUUUUAGGUUUCGUGGAACAUAGAGUGAUCAUUGUUCCAGAGGAGGGACUGACAUACAUUGCCUAAUUGAUUUGAGAAUAUUUAAGUAUGUUUAUAACUUUAGAAGUGCAUUAGGGGUAGUGAUCACAUGUUAUGGGUUAGAUGGAACGAUAUAUGUGUAAUUAUCUGUAGCAGGAGGCGAGGUACACAUGAGGUCUGCGUUUGAGACAGAAGGUUUACAUAAGGCUGUUAGGUGGGAUAGAAUGUGACUGUGGAGAUCUGUGGGGGCUUAGUAAUUGAGGUCGGGGUGAUAGUGGUAUCAUGCCCAUAGACUAUGUAUAUUGUUACAGGAGAUAGCUCGUAGGAGAGGGAGGACAGCUAACUGCACAAUGUAGGGACUAUUACACAUACCCAGAUCAUGGUGAAAGUAGCAGAGACAGUGUUGGCAUUUCAGACACUUUCAGGAAACCGGUGACUCAGAGUUUUGUCAGGUUGGAUAUUCUUCCAACAUCGUUGAUCUCUUUCCCAUUUAUAACAGCCAAAAAGACAGCGAACACUUGACAGAUUCCAUGCAGUAGUUAUUCUCACUGCAGUCACUAUAGGGACAAUAACUGAAGGAGGCGAAAGUGACCGCAUGGAAUUGGACUACGGCGCAAAUUGGGGAUUUUGAGGUGGGCGUCAUGGGCAGUGUAAGUAGUAGCAGGGGUUACUGUAGUAGCAUUGUAGGGAGAGUCUGUUGUCAGGAAAUGACCCGUGCGUUGCAAUGUGUAUAUUCCCAGGUGGAAGCGGCACAUGAGGAGCAGGAGAUAACUGAGAGCACGGGCUGAAUUCUGGAGAUUGAGUGUACAUCAAGAUACACCAGGAGGGGGUGUUGGGACAGCGUUGGUCUGGUCCACACACAGUACUCCUUACAGCACCUGCAAUGGAACCAGAAGAAGAAAGUUGAAAUGUAAGAAGUCAACAGCUCCAGCGGACACAUUAUUAUCAGUGUUCUACGAGAAAUGGAAAAAAGAUUGUGCUUGAGACAGUCCCAGAGCUUCUGAACCUAAAGACCAGUGAAGUCUCCACAGAGAGCUUCAGGGUCACCUGGGAACACUCAGCCCAAGACGUGGUCCUCUACAGACUCACCUGGACCCCAACCAGAGGAGGAGACACUAAAGAGAUGCUGGUGAAUGGUAACAUGAACACCUACCUUCUAACUGGACUGAUUCCUAACACUAAAUACAAGGUGGCCGUGUCCUCCAUCUUCAGAGACAAGUUCGAAAGUGACGCCGUGACCAUCAAAGAGUCAACAGGUAGAAUUUCGGACGCAGACCAAUCAACAAACCAAAAGUCUUCACAACCAGACGCUGAUUUUCAAUCCCCGCAGAAUUUACCGAGGAAGUCCGCACGCUUGACUAAAGGAUAUGUUGAUGAGAAGGAACGGCAUAUUAUCUCCUUGGAAGAGCUAAAUGAACAAACACCAGAGAAUGGGAGACCUGUCAGAAAGAUAACAAGGAAAUCACCCAGGUUUCAGGUCAAUGGGGCCAGUGAAGAUGACCAAACUGAGGGGUCCCCUAGACCUGGAGGAUCCCAGGGGGUUUUGAGACGCAGCACCAGAACCACCAGGGACCAACAGUCCAUGAUCUACGACUGCCUCAUCACUGACACUGCUGAGGCGGUCCUCCACAAGAUUGAUGACAUGAAGAUGUGCCGCCACUUGAAAAACUCAAAACAAUCAAUUAUGUAUUCUAAAGCCCAGCGAAAGAAGACUACCGACUCUCCAACAGUAAAAACUGUUUCUAAACAAGAAACUGAAGAGUACUCUGAUGACGGUGGAGACGAUGAGGACGACGACGAUGAGGACGACGACGAUGAGGACGAUGAAAACGACAAUAACGGCAAGCGCUAUGAACCUCGACAGAAAAAAGCGGUGGUUCGUUACCAUGCGCCACUGGAUGAAUCCAGGAAUCAGCCGCCCAUGUUUUUCGACCGUCAGGCAACUUCCACUAGAGGGAGCUACCGCAUCAGUGCCUCAGUGCCCAGGAGUGCCUAUACUACCAGCCGAAGGAGUGGCAGGAUUGGGUCCAUAGGCAGGAAAAGGUAUGCUUGGCACACCCGGGAAGCCAGCUCCUGUGAUGAGGAUGACUCCUCUGAUGAGGAAGACGCAGAGCAAGAAGCCAAGAACAGGUGUCUGCCUCUGAAUUUGCGCAAAGAGGACAUUUUGGGAAUCCAUAAGGACAGAAUGAAGAUGGGUGCGAGCCUGGCGGAUGUCGACCCCAUGGUGAUUGACCAGUCGGUGCGCUUUGACAGUGUUGGCGGUCUGACAAGCCACAUCUCCGCCCUGAAAGAGAUGGUAGUCUUCCCUCUGCUCUACCCAGAGGUGUUUGAGAAAUUCAAGAUCCAGCCCCCAAGGGGCUGCCUGUUCUAUGGUCCCCCGGGUACGGGGAAGACCCUGGUAGCCAGAGCGCUGGCCAACGAGUGCAGCCAGGGGGACAGGAAGGUGGCCUUCUUCAUGAGGAAGGGGGCCGACUGCUUGAGCAAGUGGGUGGGCGAGUCGGAACGCCAGCUCAGGCUGCUCUUUGACCAAGCCUACCAGAUGCGACCAGCCAUUAUCUUCUUUGAUGAAAUCGAUGGGCUGGCUCCGGUUCGCUCCAGUCGCCAAGACCAGAUACACAGUUCCAUCGUGUCCACCCUGCUGGCCCUGAUGGAUGGCCUGGAUAGCCGAGGAGAGGUGGUGGUGAUUGGAGCCACCAACCGACUGGACUCCAUCGACCCCGCCCUUAGACGCCCCGGACGCUUCGACAGGGAGUUCCUCUUUGGCCUCCCUGAUCGUGAGUCCCGGAAAGAUAUCCUAAAGAUUCACACCAGACAGUGGAAUCCUACACCGUCCGAUCCUUUCCUGGAGGAGUUGGCUGAUAAAUGUGUUGGCUACUGCGGCGCCGACAUCAAGGCGGUGUGCGCCGAGGCGGCCCUCUGCGCGCUACGCCGCCGUUACCCCCAGAUCUACGGCACGUCCCAGAAGCUCCUGCUGGAUGUGGGCUCCAUCAACAUCAACAGCAGGGACUUUGUGGCCGCCAUGAGGAAGAUGGUGCCAGCCUCCCAGAGGGCCGUGUCGUCCCCUGCCAAGGCCCUGACCCCCGUGGUCACGCCCCUGCUGGGCCCCGAACUCACCAACGUGCUGGACGCACUGCAGAAGGUCUUCCCCCACGCCGAGCAGGGCCUCAAGAGGAAGAGGGACACAGAUCUGACAGCUAGCAUUCUGGAGGAUGACCUCAUGUACAGUGGGGAUGAGGGCCCCUCAUCCAAUAAUUCCAUCACCAAACAGACCACCACCAAAGGGAGCUUCCUCCAUUUUGCCAGGAGUGCGACCUGCCACCCCACCACCUACCGGCCCAGGCUGCUGCUGGCCGGGCGUCCCGGGGCGGGUCAGAGCUCCCACCUGGCCCCCGCCGUGCUCCACGCCCUGGAGAAGUUCACCGUCUACACCCUAGACAUGGCCGUGCUGUUUGGAGUCAGCUGCACCUCCCCCGAGGAGGCCUGUGCUCAGGUGUUCUGUGAGGCCAAGCGGACCUCCCCCAGCAUCCUGUACAUCCCCCACAUCCAGCAGUGGUGGGACACGGUGGGCCUGACCCUCAAGGUCACAUUCCUCAGCCUGCUGCAGGACAUCCCCUCCUUCUCCCCCAUCAUGCUGCUGGCCACCAGCAACGUGGCUCACCACGACUUGGCUGACGAGAUCCAGACUCUGUUCCGGUUGGAGUACGGAGAAGUGCACUCUAUCAAAACUCCCACCCAGCAGGAGAGAAGGAAGUUCUUUGAGAAUCUCAUCCUUAGCCAGGCUUCCAGGGCACCUGCUUCCAAGAAGAAAGCCUUGAUGCAUGCCAUGGAGGUGCUCCCCCUUGCCCCUCCUCCUCCCCCCAGGCAGAUGAGUGAGAGGGAGCGUCUGCGUCUGGAGGAGCAGGAGGAGGACACACUCAGGGAGCUGAGGCUGUUCCUGCGCAACGUCACCGAGCGCCUCUCCCAGGACAAGCGCUUCAAGGCCUUCACUAAGCCUGUGGAUGUCGAAGAGGUUCCUGACUAUAUUAAGGUGAUCAGGUAUCCCAUGGACCUCUCCACUGUGCUGUCCAAGGUCGACCUCCACAAGUACGUGACCGUCAGGGAGUUUGUCAACGACGUGGACCUGAUCUGGAAGAACGCCCUGGAGUACAACCCUGACAGCGACCCAUCUGAUCGUCAGAUUCGUCACCGGGCUUGUGCCCUGAAGGACACGACCCACGCCAUCAUCCGUGACGAACUGGACGAGGACUUUAACAGGAUCUGUGAGCAGAUCAGAGAGUCACGCAACAAGAGAGGGUGCACGUCAUCAAAGUUCGCCCCCUCUUACUACCAGACCUUGCCCAGAGAGGAAGGGUUCGCAGAGUCCAAGAGGCCAGGCGGUAACACUGGCAAAGACGCCAGCACCCCGUUCACUGCCAACACCCCACGGCCCGCACAGAGGCGUGUGACCCGUGCCACUAGGACUCUGGUGCAGCAGCAACAGCAGUUGAUUGACGUGGACAAGGCCCUGGAGAUCCUGACCCAGAAGACCCCUCAGCUGGUUGUGGACCACGACAAACUCAAGGAAUUGCUCAAAAGAGCUGUGUCCAAGACUGAGGGUUAUGAGGUGCAUCAGCUGGAGAAGCUCUAUGCGUUGUUGUGUCAAAGCAUCUACAGAUACCGCAAGAACUUUGAUAAGACGGAGCUCGUACAGGAAAUGAAGGGAGACAUUGACAACUUUUCCUAACUUCGCUUGAUGUUUUGCUUAUUUCCAUAUUGUAAUAAAAUAUGAUGCAUUUAAA